CCGCUGCCCUGCAGGGGUCAAACCCGCUCCUGCGGGGCCGGCUCCGGCGGGACUCGGCGGCAGCCGGGCGGGCGGGGGUCGCCGGCGGACAGAGGCGCCGGGAGCGGCCGGGGCUCGGGGAGGAGGGGCCGGCGGCUGCGGGAGGAGGAGCGGGCGGCCACACGUCACUUUCCCCGGCCGCGUGUUUACGUGGAGCUGAAGAUGGCGGCGCCGGUGGCCCCGCCGCGGCAGCUGUCGUCGCUGUGAGGCGGGACGGGACCGCACCGGACCGGACAGCGAGCGUGACCGCCCGAAGGGGAGGGUGCGGGGCGAGCUCCUCCUCCUGCUGCUGGUAAUACCCUGCUCUCCCGCACAGACGCCAUGGAGGACGAGGAGCGGUUGAAGAAGCUGGAGGCUGGGAAAGCCAAGCUUGCCCAAUUUAGGCAGCGGAAGGCACAAACUGAUGGUCAAAAUGGAUCAAAGAAGCAGAAAAAGAAGAAGAAAACAGCAAACAUCAAAGAUGAAGAAUCAAUGCAAGAUGGGAUUGAAACUGAUCGAUCUCGAAGUGAUGAAAUAUCCACAUGCAGCAGUCGAAGGGGAGCAGCUGCUACUGCUGACUUCGCUAUUAUCAGGACUUUGCAUAGUGGAGAAAUUAUCAAGCACACCCAGGCUUACACCAUUGAGCCAGAAAGUGAAAUUUCCACCACAGUAGAAGAUUACAGUUCUGAGGUAAAUGGUUGCAGUUUUGUGACAAGAACAGCUAUACCUGCAGACUUAAUCAGGGAAGAAGAAUUUGGAGUUGGAGACAUUCAUGCAGAGCAUGGAAUGCAGCACUCACACACACAGCUAGAAGUGAUGGAGAAUCAAUUGGCUGGGAAACAGCAAGAGAUUGAAGAACUAAGCAGAGAGAUAGAAGAAAUGAGGGCAGCCUAUGGUACAGAAGGAUUGCAACAGCUGCAAGAAUUUGAAGCUGCUAUCAAAAAAAGAGAUGACAUUAUCACUCAGCUCACUACUAACCUACAGCAGGCACGGAAAGAAAAGGAUGAAACCAUGAGGGAGUUCUUGGAGCUUACUGAGCAAAGUCAAAAACUGCAAAUUCAGUUUCAGCAUUUGCAGGCAAGUGAAGCCCUAAGGAACAGCAGCCAUAGUUGCACAGCUGCUGAUUUAUUGCAAGCCAAGCAACAGAUACUUUCGCAUCAGCAACAGCUAGAAGAACAAGAAUGUCUGCUUAAGAAUUAUCAAAAAAAGAAUGAAGAAUCUGAAGAGCAGAUUGCACAUCUUCAAGAGAAAAUUGUGACAUAUGAAAUGGAAAAACAGAAAAAGGAGGAAGAAGAUUUGAGUAAAUUACAAGAAAAAGAAGCUUUAGUUGAAGAGCUGGAAGCAAGACUUGGAGAGGAGGAAAAAAAUUCAUUUCAGCUAAAGGAAAAACUAUCAGAUGUCAGCCAAUCACUUGAAGAAUUAAAAGAAGAGAUUUCACUGAGGAACCAGCAGAUAAGUAAUAUGAAAGUUGAACUUAGCACCUACAAACAGAAAGAAAGACAAUGUUCUGGUGAAAUAAAACAAUUAAUGGGAACUGUGGAAGAACUGCAGAAACGGUGUUUUAAAGACAGCCAGUCUGAAGCUGACAUUGUGCAAAGAAUGGAGUUAGAAACACAAAGGAGACUGGCACAACUUCAGGCUGAAUUAGAUGAAAUGCAUGGCCAGCAGAUUGUACAGAUGAAGCAAGAAUUAAUUAAGCAGCAUGCAGUGGAAGUAGAACAGCGUCUUUUGCAACAAAAAGUAGAAUUGGAGCAAACUUCAAGCCUCUGUUUUAAUGAGAAUCUUAAUAAAGAUCAAAUGCAUUUAAUGAAUAUUAAAAUUAAUGAAUUGAAUGUGAAAUUGCAGGAUGCUGAAAAGGAAAGGGAAAAAAUAAAGCAAGAAUUGUCACAACAGAUGGAAGUUAUUGCAACAGAGAAAUCUCUUCAACAAAUUAGAAUUGAAGAUCUUCUUCAAGAAUUGAAUUUUUCAAGAGAGCAGGUUCAAAGAGCCAAGCAAACUAUAGUGGAUAUGGAAUGUAGAUUAAAUGAAGCUGAAAAAUACCAGUUGGUGAUUGAAGAUCUAAAAAUUCAGCUGGCUUCUGCCUCUGAAUUUAGGAAGGAUUUGGAAUUAAAACAUGAGGCAGAAAUCACAAAUUACAAAAUAAAACUUGAAAUGCUAGAAAGGGAGAAGGAUGCAGUUUUGGACAGGAUGGCAGAAUCUCAAGAAGCAGAAUUAGAGAGACUGCGGACAAAUCUUCUGUUUAGUCAUGAAGAGGAACUUUCCAGGCUUAAAGAAGACUUAGAAAAAGAGCACAUGGUGAACAUGGAAAGCCUUAAACACAACUUGAAUAUGCACCAUAAACAGCAGUUAGAUGAAGUACAAAAUGAAAUGACUCAAAAGAUAGAAGCCAUGCAAUAUGAAAAGGACAACUUAAUCACAAAGCAAAAUCAGUUGAUUUUAGAGAUUACAAACCUGAAAGAUUUACAGCAGUCAAUUGUAAAUUCUAAAUCUGAAGAAAUGACACUUCAAAUCCACGAACUGGAGAAGGAGAUUGAAGUGCUUAGGCAAGAGGAAAAAGAGAAAGGUACCCUUGAACAAGAAAUACAAGAGCUGCAGAUUAAAACUGAGUUGAUGCAGGAACAAAUGAGGGAGAGAGAAGAUACCCUUCAAAAAAAAUGUUCAGAACUAGAAACACAAAAUAAUAUACUUAAGGGGGAAAAUGAAACUCUGGAAGAGAAAUUAAAAAAGAUGUUGGUAUGCUCUGAAGAGAACAUACUUUGUAGAAGUAGUGUUAGCUCUAAGACAGAAAUUUUGGACUUGCAGAAACGAAUAGAAAAUCUGAUCACUGAAAAUGAGCGACUUAAAAACCAAAACAAUAUCCUCCAAGAGGAUACUGAAAGGCAGAAGAGUGCCUUUUCAUUGACUGAGAAAAAACUUGAAGCUAGUUGUGAAGAACUACAGAAAGAAUGUGCAAGUCUUCUGAAGGCAAAAACUGAGUUAGAAGAGAACAAGAAAAAGCAGGAAGCUGAAUAUAAAAGCAAACUCAAAGCUUUGAAUGAAAAAAUCUGCCACUUACAAAGCAAUAGACCUAAACCCUCUGGUUUUGAAGGGAGUAAAGAAAAGAAGGUGCCCAGAAAAGACAUAUUUGAGGCUGGAGAAGUUGUUGAGAAAGAUGCAACAGAACUUAUGGAAAAGCUUCAGGUUACUCAGCGUGAAAAAGUGGAAUUAUCCUUGAGACUUUCUGAUCUCUCUGAACAGUUAAAAUCAAAGGAUAUUGAAAUCUGUCAUUUAAACGAAAAAGUAAAAUCCUUAAAAGAUGAGAAAGAGCAAAUUCUAGUAAAAUGUAAAGAACUAGAAGUCAGAGUUAGUAAUGUUCAGAGAACAAAUAGUAGUAGUAAGGACUCUAAGAAAAAAGGCUCUAAAGGAAAAUCUCUAAAGACUGCUACUCUAGCAUCUGAAAGUAGGAAUAAAUCCCCUGGUUCAAGGAAGAAAUCCGAUGAAGGAAUAAAUUCAAGAGGUAAUCUAAGUUCUGGUAAAGACUGCAGCCAGUCUUUACCAGACAAAAAGGAGACAAAAAGGAAGGAGGUCCAGCAAAUGCUGAAACCAGAACAGCAGUCCAUUGUGGAACAUGUGCAUGGGAUGCCAGACAGGCUGACAGAGGAAACAUCACUAACAACCAUUACACAGAGGGAAAAUAACCUUCAGCAGCAAGUGGAUGCCUUAAAAUCAGAACAGACUGAUUUACAGCUACAAAUGGAGGCACAGCGGAUUUGCCUAUCCCUGGUUUAUUCAGCUCAUGUAGACCAGGUUUGUGAGUCCUUGAAGGCAGAAAAAGAGAGUGCACUUUGCAGUCUUAAAGAGGAACUUGUUCAUAAUCAUAUACAAGAGAUGACUGAUCUUAAAAGAAUGCAUCAGCUGGAGCUCCAGACUCUGAAAUUUCAACAAGCAGAUGAUGAAGGGAAAUCUACACAAAGACUUAUAGAAAAACUGAGUGAAGCUGUCACUGAGGAAUGUUCCAGGCUGGUUCAGGUUUUGUGUGGCAGUCAGAAUGAACAUACUUCAUCUGCUGUAGAAGCUGGUGAUAGGGAACAGGAAAUUUUCUGUAAACCUGUUGUGAAAGAAAAACUGAGUGUAGAAUUACCAGCUCAUGGAGGUCAAGCUCAAGUCCCUGGUUCUUCGUGUAAUUUAACUGUGCAAGAACGUAUGGAUGCACUUCUCCACAAGAUAAUGGAAGAAUAUAGCAGGCUGAAAGCCCUUCAAACACAGCUGAUGGCAGAGUGUAAACAGGUCAAGGAACCAAGGGUAUCUUCUUCAGAAAGGAGGAAAGAAGAGGAACCUAUCCAUAUGGAAAUAGGAAGGGAGAGUCUGCAGACUCCUUCACAGAAUCUAAUGGAUCCUACAAUUCAAGAAUACUGUUUGAAGGAGAUAGGGAACCUCAAAAAACAACUUGAGGAGCAGCAUGCUCAAGAACUGGAACACCUCCGCUCCUAUUUCCAGCAGCAGCUGAAAGAAAGUCAAGAGAAGUACACUACAGAGCUUGUCCAUCUGCAGGAUAAACUUCAGAUUGCUGGGGUAUCCUCUGACCACACAAGUGUAUCCACAGAUUCAGAAAGAAAAUUAAAAGAAGUCUUCAGGAAAGUAAAGUGCACAGAAAAUCUUCAUCAGAAAAAAACAGAUAAAGCAUUAGAGCUUGGUAGGGAGAUGGAAAUGCAGAAUGAUCUGGAUGUUGUUCAGUUGCUCCAAAAGCAGUUCCAAGAAAGAUUAGAAGAAGAAGUAGCAAAGGUUAUUGUGUCAAUGAGUGUAGCAUUUGCCAAACAGACUGAAUUGUCAGGAAUUGCUAGGCAGAAGGAAGAAGCACCAAUGCAGAAUGCACAUCCAGAGAGAAUACAUUUUGGAAUUAACAAGCAGCAUAGUGAGGAAGAGGUUGACAGCCUUCUUAGAAAAGCAACUGGAAAAGGCAGUAAGAGUGAAGAAGGAUUGAAAUCACUUUCCAAGGAACUCAGUGAAGAGUCUGGAGAGAUCAACUCGCUUGGAGAACAGCUUCAUUCUAAUAGCAGCCCUGAUGGCAUAUUAGGACAGACAACACAUAAGUCAGUGAUUUCUGAAGAACUUUUUUCCCAUAGCAGAGGUCUUAAAGUAGAAGAAACACCACACUCCGGUGCGGUGGCGGCCGCAGACACAGAAACAUCCAGCCAGCUGUUGUUAUACGAGGAGCGCUUGGAGGACAUGCGGCAGGAGCUCGUGCGGCAGUACCAGGAGCAUCAGCAGGCAACGGAAUUAUUGAGACAGGGGCACAUGCAGCAAAUGGAGCGCCAGAAAGAAAAUCAAGAUCAACUCCUAGCAGAGCUGGAGAGUCUGAAAUUGCAAUUAGCUGAGCGUGUCUCAAUGGAGAAUGACAGCCUGGUUGCAGAGAGAGAGAGAAUGCUUUUAGAAGAACUGGAAUCAUUAAAACAACAUUCCGGACCAGGAAAAGAGAGGCUGUCUUGUGAGUUACAAAACAACAGCACACAGACAGAGAAUGAAAAUGAAAACAAAAAUGAUGCAAGAGAGCAGAUCUUUGAGCAUGAAGACGGGGGAAGAAAGCCUGAUGAAACACCUUCAGCUCUUCUUUCUAAAGAAAGGCAUGUUUUUCAGAAGGCUAAUGAAAAACUCAUGAAGAUUCUUUUAGAAGUUGUGAAGACAACUGCAGCAAUGGAGGAGACGAUUGGUCAGCAUGUCCUUGGGUUACUGGAUCGUUCUGGGAAAGUCCAGGCUUCCAAACAAGCUGGAUGGGACACUGAGACAGAGGAGUCAAUAAAACCCUGCAUCCGUGUGGGGUAUGAAAAAGAGUCCUGUUCCUUAUAUCAUGGUAGUAGUAUGGGAGAUGAUGAUAUUAACAUGUGGUCAGGAGCAGCAGGUGAAGGAUUGCUGAGCCAACAUCUUGCAGAAAGUGGGAUGGAAAUAGAUCCUGAAAAUGAAGAGCUCAUUCUGAAUAUUAGUUCUCGACUGCAGGCAGCUGUUGAAAAGCUUCUGGAAGCUAUCAAUGAAACUUCAAAUCAGCUUGAACAUGCUAAAAUUACUCAGACAGAACUCAUGCGAGAGUCCUUCAAGAAGCAACAAGAGGCCACAGAAUUUAUCAGGUAUCAGGAAGAGCUACAAGAACGUCUCAAUGAGGAAACCAAAGCCAGAGAGCAGUUGGCUUUGGAGCUUAGCAAAGCUGAAGGCCUCAUUGAUGGUUAUGCAGAUGAGAAAGCGUUUCUGGAAAAACAACUCCAGGAAAAAAUAGAUGUAAUUGACCAUCUAGAGCAAGAGCUGCUGUGUACAGGUAACAAAUUGCAGGAGUUAGAGGCUGAACAGCAGCAGGUCCAGGAAGAAAAGGAAUUACUCUCCAGACAGAAGGACGCCAUGAGAGCAGAGGCGGGGCCAGUAGAGCAGCGCUUAGUAGAUGCUGCAAUCGAUGCAGCUUCCCAAGCAGAACUACUGGAGGAAACAGAAAAGCUAAUGAAGGAAAAAAUUGAAGUACAACGUCAAGCUGAAAAAGAGUAUGAUGACCUUCAGAAACAAGUUAAAGUCUUGGAAAUUGACUUGGAAGAGCAGGUCAAUCGUUUCAUAGAGCUAGAACAAGAAAAAAAUGCAGAACUAAUGGACCUAAGGCAGCAAAACCAGGCCUUGGAGAAGCAGCUGGAGAAAACACGAAAAUUUUUAGAUGAGCAAGCAAUUGACCGAGAGCAUGAGAGAGAUGUAUUCCAGCAAGAGAUACAGAAGCUGGAACAGCAGCUUAAGGUUCCACAAAGGAUUCAGCCUGUCAAUGAACAUCAAACCAGAGAGGUUGAACAGUUAACAAAUCAUCUCAAAGAAAAAACAGACAAAUGCAGUGAGCUUUUGCUCUCUAAGGAGCAGCUUCAGAGAGAUAUACAAGAACGAAAUGAAGAAAUUGAGAAGCUAGAAUGCAGGAUAAGAGAACUGGAACAAGCCUUAAUCAUCAGUGCAGACCACUUGCAAAAGGUGGAGGAAAGGAAACAGUUUGGUACCAUCAUAGUAAAGGGAGAGUUACCUCUUGAAGUACAACUACAAGCUGAGCGAGAAGCUGUGGACAGAAAGGAAAAGGAGGUCACGAAUCUUGAGGAACAAUUGGAGCAGUUUCGAGAGGAGCUAGAAAAUAAAAAUGAAGAAGUUCAGCAAUUGCACAUGCAGCUAGAAAUUCAGCGGAAGGAGUCCACUACACACCUGCAGGAACUUGAGCAAGAGAACAAAUUAUUUAAGGAUGAAAUGGAAAUACUAGGACUAGCUCUCCAGAAAUCUGAAGAUGCUGCCAUAAAGGACCAUCAUUUAGUGGCUGGGAGGCUUGCUCACAUCAUGCAAGAAAAGGAUCAGGAAAUAUAUCAUCUUCAUGAACAAAUAGAAAAAUUGCAACAGCAACUUGAAGUCACAACUGACAACAAGGUUAUUGAAGAGCAAAAUGAACAUAUACGGGAGCUUGAAGCCCAGAUAGAAUGCCUGAAAAGUGAUCAAGAAUGUGUGAAGAAAAAAAAUGAUGAGGAAAUAGAGCAGUUGAAUGAUGUAAUUGAUAAGCUUCAGCAGGAGCUAGCAAUUAUUGAACAAAAGAUACCAACAGACGUUGCUGGUUUUCAAGAAGAGGCUGACAGUCCAAAACACAUACUUGAAGCAGUUCUGGCAGAAAAAGCAGCUUUGGAAAAGCAAGUAGAAAACAUAAAUGCAGAGGCGUCUCAAACAAAGAAUGAGCUUGAGGAAACAAAGUUAAAAAUGAGCCAAUUAAAGCAAGAAAUAAGUAUGUUAAAAAAAGAGCAUGAAAAAAUAACAGAGAAAUAUAAGUGUGCACUGGUCCAAGGUGAUAAGUCAAAACCAGAAGACAGGAGCAAUGGAAAAACUGAACAAAUGGAAGGAGGCUUAUGUCAGGAGGUAGACUUGCCAGAUCAGUCCCAGCUUAGGACUUCAGAUGAGAAUGCAAAAGUCACCAUUAGCAAGAUGGAAAUACAACUGCAGCAACUUCAGGCAUGCAUUAAACAAAAAGAUUCAGAACUGUGCCAGUGCUACACUGAAAUAAAAGACAUGAAAGAGGAAAGCAAAGUUGAAAAAGAAACACUUAAAAAGAGGAUAUUAGAACUGGAAAAAACACUAAUGGAGAAAGUUGCUGCUGCUCUUGUGAGUCAGGUUCAGCUAAAUGCAGUUCAAGAGCAGAGAAGAUUCAUGCAGGAAAUUCAGGAAGCUUCAAAGUGCAUGGAUGAAGCAAGCAAGAAUGCCCAAACAGAGGGUUUGAGUGAUAGGACUGAAAAUGAGGCAGAAUCAAAAUUAUCACUCUUAACACAGAGGCUUAAUGAGAUGGAAACCCAACUGGCAAUGGUAAAUCGUAGCUUGGAGCUAGAAAAAGAAAAUGUGAAAGUUGCACAAAAGGAAGCUACAGUGAAAGAAGAGAGGUUCUUAGAGCUUCAGCAAUUGCUAGAAGAGGUUAAGGAGAAACAUAAAGGAGAGAUUCAGAAAUACAUUAAGCAAGAAGAAAUGCAGACAUAUCAGGUAGAAGCACUGCUCAUGGGAAGUCAAAAAGAAAAAGUGCUUAUUACUGAACUUGAACAAGUGAAAGAAGAGGCAGCUGCUGCUAAGGAAGAACUGAGCAGUUACAGAGAAAAGGCAGAAAAACUUAAGCAAGAACUAGCAGUAAAAGAGGCAAGUCUUAUACAUCUUCAGGAAGACCUGUGCAAAGUCAAAGAGAACCUGGUUCAAGCAGAAGAGAAGCUUGCAAUUUACCUGAGAAAGGACAAAGAAAUGGUGAAAACUGAAAGCAAGAAGGAUGUAGAAAUAUCAUGUGAUUUGUCAGCCAGUGAGUCUACUCUAACUGGAAACAUCUCCUCAUCGCAAACAGACAAGACUGUGGAAAUCUCACCAGUCCUUAUUAAAAAUGCAGAAAUUCAAACUGAUUUGCAGAAUGGAUGCUCUUCAGAAGAGAUUGCAGAGAUUGUAAGAGAAUUUACUGAAAAAAUUGACCAAAUGCAGGAACUCCAUGCUGCUGAAAUCAUGGACAUGGAGACAAGGCAUAUCUCUGAAUCUGAAGCAUUAAAGAGAGAGAAGUUUGUUGCAGUACAAGUAUUGACUGAAGAAUGUAAUGCUUUAAAGGAAGUCAUAGAAACUCUAAAAACCAAAGAAAGAAUCACAGUUUCUGGAAUAGCACGUUCUCCACCAUGUCAAGCUAGAGAUGGAGGUUCUAGUGACUCUGGUUCAGACUGGAGUCAAGGAACAUAUCUUGCUCAGACCCAGGGAUCUGACACGGUAUCUGAAGGAAUAGAUGAAGGUGAAACUUCAACAGAUUUACUUCCAAAAAAAAUUAAGGGUUUGCUGAGAGCAGUGCAUCAUGAAGGCAUACAGGUGCUGUCUCUCACUGAAUUUCCAUAUAGUGAAAAAGAUGUGUCACUGCAUAAGCAAGAGCCAGAAUCCUGGCUAGAAGAAAGAAAAGCUUUCCUAAGCACCAUCUCAUCUUUGAAAGACCUAGUUGCAAAAAUGCAAGUUCAUAGAGAGGCUGAGAUCUGUGCAAGUACUGAAUCUGCUGAAGGUGUCUCAGACUGGCGAGGAGAACUUCUGCAUGCCAUUCAGCAGCUUUUUGUGAGGGAACAAAAUGUUCUCCUUGCUGCAUUUCAAACUGAACUUGCAGAAAUGGGCACAAGAGAUGCAGUGAUGUUGAUGAAUCAGUUAGAGCGCAGACUACAAGAGCAGGCUACUAACCAGAGAGCAGCAAUGGACUGUCUUCAGAAUGCAGACAGAAGAAGUUUGCUGAUGGAGAUUCAAGUAUUACGUGCUCAGAUGAACAGUAAGAAAAGUAACCCAAAGAGAGAACAAGAGACUGAUUCAAAAAACCAAGAAAUGCUGGAGUAUAAUAUGCAGCAGAAGCAGUUGCAAAUUUUGGAGAUGCAAGUGGAGCUCCGGAGUGUGAAGGACCGAGCGGCGGAGCUUCAGGAGCAGCUGAAUUCAGAGAGGAUGAUGGGUGCAGAGCUGAAGAAUGAACUUGCACAAGCCAAACUAGAGCUUGAAGCAACCCUUAAAGCACAGCACAAGCACUUCAAGGACCUAGAAACCAUCAGGACUGAAGUUAAAGAAAAAGCAGCUGAGCUAGAUAUUCUUAAGGAUACAAUGGCCAAUGAACAGAAAAAAUCAAGAGAGCUACAAUGGGCUUUGGAAAAAGAAAAAGCUAAAAUAGAACGCAGUGAAGAAAGAGGAAGAGAAGAGCUUGAGGACUUAAAAUUUUCUCUUGAAGAUCAAAAACUAAAGAACUUAGAGUUAAGUAAACUUCUGGAACAAGAGAAGCAGCUGUCAAGUGAUCUGCAACAGAAAAUUGAAUCCCAGGAAGCACUCAGUGCUGCCCAGCUGUCACGUGAGCGAGGCCGUAAUUCUGAGUUGCAGGUGCUUCUUGAAUCAGAGAAGGUUCGAGCUCUCGAAAUAAGCAGUGCCCUAGAAAGGGAAAAAGAGCUGUGUGCUCAGCUUCAAAGUGCUGAAGAUAAGGGGCAAGCUGGAGCACAUAAUCCAUCUGAGGAAUUGCUUAAAGAGCUACAGAAGCAAAUGGAUGAAAAGCAUGACCGUAUAGUGGAGUUAGUAAGUGAGAUGGAGAAAUAUAAACUGGAAUCUGUGCAAGUGAGACAGCAAAUGGAAAAAGAAAGGCAGAUCCAGAGGCAAGCAUUACAAGCAGAACAAGAUGCUAACAUAAUAGUACAGAAGAAACUCCAUGAACUGGAGUCCAAAGUAGAAGACCUUCAGUGGCAACUUGGAGAAAAGAAGCAAGAAGUUCAUAAAUUAGGGAAUGAAACAAAGAAGUUGCAGGAAAUAAUCCAAGAUCUACAGAAAAAAGAGCAGGAGGAUGAAGGAAGAAAGGAAGCCGAAAGGACACCAAGCCACAAUCCAAAUGAGACUACUUGGGAUACACCCAAUGACAGGACAAGAAAUUGGGUUCUCCAGCAAAAAAUGGAGGGAGCUGAGACAAGUGAGUUGACUUACCACACACUGACAGGAGAUCUCUCUGCUGCUACUGGAAUCCUGGAGAAAGUCAGACAAAAGCUGCAAAGUGCAUCUCCAAAGCUGAAGCAGUUGGCUCGCAAAGCUGCUAGCAGACUGCAGUUUGAAACAGCAGAUGAUCAAGACUUCAUUGCAGUACAAAAUGCUAUUGAAGAAGUUAUCUCAGAACUGAAAAUACUGCCUGGAUUUUCCAGUCUGGAAGAGCUGAAGCUGGUGCUGCCUCCAGGGACUCCAUCCAGCUCACUCACUGAGAGGCUGCUGAGGCAAAAUGCUGAGCUGACAGGCUUUGUCAGCAGACUGAGUGAAGAGAAGAAUAAUUUGAGGAAUGCUGUUAUGAAACUGGAGGAAGAACUGAGAAGAUACCAGCACAGACAACCUUCUGCAGACUAUUCUUCUAGGCACUCAUCAGAUGGAGUUAAUAUUGAUAUUGAUGCAUCUGAGAAGGAAAUUUGGAACAGAGAAAGGCUGUCGCUGCAGAAAUCUUUGAAACAAGCCAAUGCAGAACUCUCCAAGCUGAGAGCAGAGCUCAGGAGCGAGGCUUUCCUCAGAGAACUGGGAUCAGAUACUGAAAAUGCUGUUUUAAGGAGAGUUUAUGGCAAAUACCUACGAGCAGAGAGCUUUCGGAAGGCUCUCAUAUAUCAGAAAAAAUAUUUGCUGCUGUUACUAGGAGGAUUCCAGGAGUGUGAAGAAGCCACACUGGCCCUCAUUGCACGGAUGGGGGGACAGCCUUCCUACACAGACCUUGAAAUCAUCACACAUCAUUCAAAGGGUUUUACACGAUUUCGCUCUGCAGUCAGAGUGUCCAUUGCAAUUUCAAGAAUGAAGUUCCUGGUUCGUCGAUGGCACAGAGUUACAGGUUCUGGUAUUCUGACUAUCAAUAGGGAUAUCUUUAGCCAGAACACAGGUAAUGAAUUACGGCCUGAUUCAUUCUCUGGUGGCAUGGAUCUUUAUGGAGAACAGAGGCAUUCCCAUAGAUCCAGGUCAGGCAUGGAGUCUCCUAGAUCACCUAUAAACUUUCAACAUAAGUUCCACGGGCUGCCUGCCGAUUUAAACCCAGUCUCCUUCACCUGUCCUCAGCUGCAGAACUACGAUCCCGAAAGGGCUCUGACAGAUUACAUCAAUCGUCUGGAGGCGCUGCAGAAGCGGCUCGGCAGCGUGCAGUCAGGUUCGACUUCAUACACUCAGUUGCACAUGGGUAUAAGAAGAUAAUAAUAUCCUUCAACAUCUCCAUCACUGGCAGUGAUGCUAACAGAUUGCCUUCUGUAAAUCUGUGCUCUUUCUGUGCUUUGUACAUGUAUAUUGUGGGACCAAUCUGAACACAGCUAUACGAUUGUAUACAGUUCCAUCCUGGCACACCCACAGAGACUGGGAUUUAUGGACGUAGGCACUUUGUGUUUAUGAAAAAAAGCAAAACAAAAUCUGAACAAAAAAAUCCCAAACAACCCCCCCCAAAAAGUCCUCCCAAACCCAAAACAAACUCCCCCACCCUUAAAGUACAUGUAUAUUUGUGGAAUGCUAAUUUAAAUGAUUAACUUAUGACGUGUGUAUUUAUCAAAAGGGUGCGAAGAUGAAACUUGUGUAUUAAUUAAAUUGAGCUACAUUCAGCAAAGUUUACUUGCACUUUUUCUGGCAAGGCUACUGAAGUUACAUUGACUCUCGUAAUAUUUGCUACUGGCAGUGCAGACAGAAUAUCACUUGUAGAGACCUAUUUUUGUAAUGGUAGAAGUUUUGAAUUUUAUGGGUAUUUUGUCAAAGUACUGAAAUAAACAUGACUUCAUGCUUC